GUGUGUGCGUGCGUGCGUGCGUGCGUGCGUUCGUGUGUGCGUGCGUGCGUGCGGUCGUGCGUGUGUGUGGGUUGGCGUCUCAGGGCCCUCUUGAGAGCGGCUUGGCCACACUUUGUGCCGCUGAGGAUGCUGUGAAGGCGCCUGGGGGAGGAGCAAUGCACACAGGCGGAUGCGAGGAGGAUCCGCACUGGUUGCAGAUGCCGAAUUCCCCUGUGGCACGUCAGCCAUUCGAUGCACGCGCAUUCUUCAUGGUAUGCGCUCCAACUGUCGGCAGUGCUGCUUUGGUGGGCCCUGGUCAAAAGGAAGACCGGCAAUCACCUGUAUUCGCUGUGCUCCUCGAGCGUCAUCACUCGGCCAUCGUGGCUUUCGCGCCACCAUCUCCUUCUGCUUGUCUCGCAUAAGCGGCACAUCUUCGUCGCACUCCCGGUGGCUCUGGCGGCCGGCACGCUCGCAGGUCAGCACGCAUUGGUUCGUCUUCUCGCUGCGCUGGUGGUGUCCCUGUACCACCUGACCGAGAGCAGCCACACCAACAGGCAUGGCGAGUACCCAAUGCUGUACACGUCGUGGGCAAUGGUCCUGCCGGACAGCCUUGCGCACGCUGCGAGCAUGGGCGUCGCGAUUCAUUUUGUGCUUUCCUGUGGGAUCGCCAAGUGCAUCGUCGGCGGAGCAAAGGAGUGGGUGUGCGGCGGCACGAUGAGCACUUACUUAAACGUGUACGGCCAGUCGACCACCAGCAAGCCGCUCCUCCGCGGCCUGAACCGGUGGCUGGCCUGUCGCGCGAGCGUCUGGAUCGGCCUCGGCACGCUCCUGCUCGAGUGCGUGGCAGUGCCGCUCACACUGCUGCUGCCUUGCGCGCGCUCGCGCUCCGUCAUCGGGCUCUGGGGCAUGGUUGGGCUGCACGUUGGCAUCGCGCUCGGCAUGUCUCUCAACGUCGGGCUGGUCUUCCUGACGACGCUGCCGACGUACGUGCACGGCUUCUCCUGCGACGCCCGCGUGGGCUCGGCGGAGUGGUGGCUCGCUGCCGGCGUGGCGCUGCUGCCGAGUGCGCUGGCGCUGGCGCGCGGGCGGCAGCUCGCAGAGGACUGGCCCUGCACGCCCUGCUCGCUGUUCAUGUGGUCCGGCGCACAGGCCGAGCGGCUCUCGCGGCUCACGAUGACGGGCACGACGCGCCUUGUCCUCGCCACCCGCCGCACCGCGCAGGCGCACCCAGGCCUCGUCGGCGCGCUCGUCCUGCACCACGGCGGCUCUGGCGCCUUUGGCACGAAGGGCGCCCCGGCCAGCCCGGCCGUGCACGACGCCGUCCUGCGCGCCACUGGCUUCACGCUGCUGCACGACAACCUCGUGGGCGCGUUCGACCUGGCAGCUGAGGAUCUCCCCGGCGCGGGCGGCAGUGCGCCAGAGGCCGCGGAGCUGCAGAUGAUGCGGCGGCUGCUGCGGCGGCUGGAGCGGUGGCUCGCGCGCGAGCAGAGGCUCCUCGAGGCCGAGAGCGCGACUGCGCUCGAGCGGGCGUAUUUUGUGGAACUGGAUGGCGGGGGAACGAGGGUCGCGAAGGUCCUGGCAGACGGCGGCGCGUGAGCGACAGCAGGCCGCAGAGGAGUGCGGUCGGGAGCUCUGGCGCAGCGUGUCGCGCCACCUGUGCUGGCAUCUGGCCCACCACGCUUCGGCGCUACACGCUGAUCACUUCCGAGUCCCUACACAUGCUUCAUCUCUAAUUCCUCG